AUGCCAGACGCAGCACAGAUCAAUCGCUCCAUCAGUACUAUCAGGACGGAACUGGAGUAUCUCGUCUCAAGCGGUGUUUUGGCCCCGCCGCAGUUGCAAUCUAUUCAGGCGCAAUUGCCUCAACCAAACGGCCAACCCUCCCAAUACAUCGAUCCCAAGUAUGUAGAUGGAGGGAACCAAUUUAACCCCGCGCUCGUUGCGCAACAAGCGCAGGAUCCGGCGCAUCCGGCGAAUCCGAAUCAUCCAAAGCAUCACGAAUGGGCGAGUAAGCUAGCGCACAAAUUUGGGAAUGCGGCGGUUUAUGGGGCUGGAGCGACGUUUGGGGCGGAUUUAGUUAAUGAUGCUAUGAGGAAGUUUUGA